ACCUCUGGGACCUGCACACUCCCAAGAACUUCAUUCAGCGCACUAAAAAACAAAGUGUUUUGGGGGUUCUCUGUCGUCUAACGUUAUGAUUCCUGCCCACAUUUAACAACUUCUGGGGACGUUGGGAGGCCUGGAGGCAGUCCGUUCUGGGAAAUCAGGUUCCGACGACGGCCGGGAGGAUGGCGAGGCCCAUUCUCCUGCUCUCCCUGAUCGUGGCGGGCGCCGGGGCCCGGCUGGCCGGCGGCGACGGAGAAGGGGCCCCGAGCGGGGGGCAACGGGUGGAGCGGGCCCCGGCCCCCAGACGCCUGAAGCGCGAGUGGAUAUGGAACCAGCUGCACAUCAUGGAGGAGAUCAACACUCCACUCCCCCACCACGUCGGAAAGAUCACCUCGAGUGUGAAUAACAAAAAUGCCAAGUAUGUGCUGCAAGGGCCUUAUGUCGAGACCAUUUUCAAAGUGAAGGAAGACACGGGAGAUAUAUAUGCCUAUGAGAAACUGGAUCGCGAGAAGAUAGCCGAGUACCACCUGACAGCCCUGAUCAUCGACAAGUACACCAACAGGAAUCUGGAACCGCCCUCCAACUUUACCAUCAAAGUCUACGACGUGAACGACAACGUGCCGGAGUUUGUGCAGAAGGAGUUUAACGGCUCCGUGCCGGAAAUGUCGCCCGUCGGGACCUCGGUCACCCGAGUGACCGCCGUGGACGCGGAUGAUCCAACGGUGGCGGGCCACGCCAUCGUGCAGUACACCAUCAUCAGCGGCCAAAAGUACUUCAUGGUCGACCCCACCGGACUCAUUUCAACGGCCGUGAAUGAUCUGGACCGAGAGAAGCAAUCUUUCUAUGAGAUCGUGGUGCAGGCCAAAGAUUCCCCUGGCCUGUAUGGAGGAGACUCGAGCACGGCUACGGUCAAAAUCACUCUGACUGACAUCAACGACAACUUCCCCAAGUUCACCCAAACAAGGUACCGGUUUAACGUCUCUGAAGACAUCCGCGUCGGAAACCAGGUUGAUUCCUUAACAGUCGAAGACAUUGAUGAGCCUCAGAACAGAAAGACCAAGUACAAUUUUGUCCAAGGAGAUUAUCGAGAUACCUUUGAAAUUGAGGCAGAUGCUUUGGCGAACAAAGGAAUAAUUAAGGCCAAAAAGCCCCUGGACUACGAAAGUAUCAAGAGUUACAAGUUCACCGUCGAAGCAUCCGACCCUACCAUUGUUCACCACGGGCGGCAAACGCCGCACUACAAGAGCAACGCCGAAGUCAUCAUCCAUGUCCUCGACGUGGACGAGCCCCCGGUUUUCUUCCGACCUUACUACGUGUACACACUGAAGGAGAACAUAAAAGUGAAUGUCAUCGGCCGGGUCGUUGCCACGGAUCCUGACGCGGAGAAGCGGACCAUUAGGUACAGCAUCCGGAGCCACAGUGACAAAGGCAACUUUUUCAAGAUCUCCAAGCAGGGAGACAUUUCAAACACAAAGCCUCUUGACCGGGAAACUCAACCUUGGUACAAUCUAACUAUAGAAGCAAGAGAAAUCAAUAGAGAUGGAUCCCCGACAGACAAAGAAUCCAUUGUGCAAGUCCAUAUUGAGGUCCUAGACGAGAAUGACAACGCUCCCGAGUUUGCUCAGCCCUACGAGCCCAAAGUCUGUGAGAACGCUGCUCCGGGCACGUUAGUCAUGAGGAUCUCAGCUGCUGACAAGGACAAAAUGCCACCAGGAGCGAAGUUUAAAUACUCUUUGGGCACUGGAGACAGCAAUUUCACACUGACUGAAAACCACGAUAACACAGCCAACAUCACCAUCAGAUUCGGGCAGUUCGAUCGGGAAAAGGCCAAAGUCCACUACCUGCCGGUGGUGAUCUCGGACAAUGGGACCCCUGACCUGACCAGCACAAACACACUCGUCAUCAGCGUCUGCAAGUGCAACGAGCAGGGAGAAUUCACAUUUUGCGACGAGCCGGUCAAACAAGUGGGAGUGAGCAUCCAAGCGCUCGUAGCUAUCUUUCUCUGCAUCCUCACCAUCAUUGUCAUCACCCUGCUGAUCAUCCUGCGGAGAAGACAGAGAAGAGAGGCCAAGGUUCUCCGGAAAAGCGGAGCGGAAAUCCACGAGCAGCUGGUCACCUAUGACGAGGAAGGCGGCGGCGAGAUGGACACCACCAGUUACGACGUUUCCGUGCUCAACUCCGUCCGCAAAAAUGGGCUGAAGCCCCCGAGGCCGGCCCUGGAGGCCAGGCCCUCGCUCUACGCCCAGGUCCAGAAGCCGCCCAGGCACGUGAACGCCGGAACGGGGGAAAUGGCCGUCAUGAUCGAAGUCAAGAAGGACGAGGCUGACCACGACGGAGGGGGCCCCCCGUACGACACGCUGCACAUCUACGGCUACGAGGGGGCCGAGUCGAUCGCGGAGUCGCUCAGCUCUCUGGGCAGCGAUUCCUCCUCCUCGGACAUAGAUUACGACUUUCUGAACGACUGGGGGCCCCGUUUCAAGAUGCUCGCCGAGCUGUAUGGCUCGGAAGCCCGCCCCAAGGUGGGCUACUGAGUCGCCGUCCCCUGUGAUGGUGGUGGAGAGACAGGUUUCACAAGGAACCCACCUCAGCUUUCACUUCAAAGAGAGGCUCCACGUCCCUGCCUCCAGGGCUGGGACUCUGCUCAAUUGGAUUCUCAUAGCCGAUCGCAAUUUGCAACCUCCUUCCCCCCCUCCCCGCCCUCCCAGUCGCCUAGAGCUGGCCCCCGGUAAGCGGACGGGCUUUCCGUCUGCUUCUCUCCCCCUAGGCCAGGAUCCGCCAGCGAACCCACCCACACACCCACUCUCCUAAGUAAACGAUCCAUCCAUC